AUGAAGACAUUUUACUUUUUGAAUUUUCUUUCAUUUUUAGAGAUGAUAUACUCUUAGUACCUCCUCUCUGUAGAUUCUUUCUUUUAGAAAAAAGAAACAAUUAUGGAACUAAACGGGGAAGUUACAAACAAUUUGGGGAUAGUCUUUGGGAUCUGGUCUAAGUACAAUCCUUUAAAUAAAAUAUCAUAUGGAGGAAUUGUUGGAUUAUCGGAUAGUAAUUGUUUCCAUUAUCUGAAUUUUAUAUAAGAAUCCUCUGGAUAUUUGGAAUUAAUACUUUAUGAUUGCCUUAACUCUGAAAGUUAAACUAUUGAGAAGACAAUAGCCUAUAAUACCGCAGAUGGAUUAUCACAUAUACAUAAAGUGAAUAUUGAUCCAUUACGGUUUGAAAAUGUUUGGUAUUUAUUUGAAUUACUUUACUUGCCAUCUGCAUAAAAGCUCGAAUUAAUCAUUGUAGAAGAAGAAUAAUUUAUAUACCAUGAGUUGUUGAAUGAUAAAAUAAUCAAAACAAAAAACCUAAUAUUAAGUAUUGGAAGUGGACUAAUUGUACAAAAUUCAAAUAUUGAAUCCAUAGAAGUUGGAUCCAAAUUUUCUUAUUUUCCAGGUCAAUUGAAAUUAUUAAAAGUAAGUCAGGAGAUUGUUACAAGUUUAGAUCCUUAAAUAUUGGGAAAAGGAAUCUAUGUAUUGUUUUUUGAUAGUAUUUCCGAAUACUAUUGCAAAUAAAAUACUUAGCAUUAACUAUUAGAUCACGAUAUAACUUAGAUGGAUAUAAUGACUUUCACAUCAUAAAAUAUAAACAUUAAUUCAUUUACUUUUUAUGGUUGGUAUAAAAUAAUAGAAAUACAUUAAAACGAUGAGUAGUUUACUUAUUAAUUUUUGAAGAUAAUGCCAAAUUUUGAAAAUGAACAAUUAUCUAAUCCUAAUUUAACACCCUUUUAGUUAUCUUAUAAGAUAUCUUCUAAUAAUUAUAAAAUUAUUAUUAGUACAUAUAGUUAUAAAUUUCCAUCUGUAACUUUAGAUUUUAAUAAUAAUAAUAAUGCUUUUUUAUUGACUCAAGAGUUUGAAAUAUUAAAUAAAAUAACUUUAUGGCAUAAUUUGUAAGUAAAAUUAGUAGACGAAUAAAUUUUUAUUUCUAUAAAAUUUUACGAUUCUUCUGAUAUUCAUGAAUAUAAUGCUUAAUUUAAUGUUAAAUAGUUCCAUAAUGUAUAAUUUAAAUUGUUAUAUGGAAAUUUAUAAAAAUCUCCUUUAAAUUAUCUUGAUAUUUAAACCAGAAAUUAAAUUUUUUAUAAUUGUUAAUAAUAAAUUGAACAGGAAAACUGUCAUUAUACAUGUUAAAAUUGUGAUGGUCCAACAAAAAGAGAUUGUUUAUCAUGCUCUUAAGAAUCAUCAAGAAUAUACUUAUCANAAACAUCCUUUUGA